AUGGCCAUACCAAAUAGCUCCAGUUCGGACCAUGAGUCGGCUACCGCGAUGGAAAAGCCUACCGCCCAAUAUGCUCAGCAUGUGAAGUCUCCCGAUAGCGGAUUCGCAGACCCCGAGAAUCAUCAAGGUGGUCCAGUGUCUACAAAGCGUCUCAUGUCUCUUGUAGCCAUGGCUAUCAUAUGGACAGGUUCGCAGAUCCCAGUGUAUCUGUUUGGUGGUGUUACCCCAUACAUCUAUGGUGAUAUUGGAGGUACUGAUAGAUGGAUUUGGUUUGUGUUGGCUAACCUGCUAUCACUUGCUGCCGUUUGUCCGUUUGUUGGAAGUUUGAGCGACUUGCUUGGUCGAAGAUACGUUGCAAUCCUUGGAACCUGCUUCAUACUCCUCGGGAUGGUAGUCUCUUCCACUGCUCAUACGAUGAAUUGGUUUAUUUGCGGCAUGACCUUUGCCGGCAUCGGUGCUGGCAUCACUGAGCUUACUGCUCUGGCUGCGACGUCAGAGCUCGCACCAGUCAGGAAACGUGGCACAUACGUAGCUUUGCUUGUACUCAGCAUCGUUCCAUUCUGUCCCUCCGUCCUCUGGGCUCAACUGAUUGCGUACCACAGCACCUGGAGGUAUAUUGGUGUUGUAUGCAGCGUGUGGAACUUCAUCGGCCUCGCACUGCUAGUUGUCUUCUACUUCCCACCGCCUCGAAUCAAUUUGCAAGACAUGACCAGGAGGCAAGUCCUUGCCAAGAUUGACUACAUUGGUGGCUUCCUCAGCAUUGCAGGCUUGAUAUUGUUCUUGGCCGGCAUGCAAUGGGGAGGGUAUCAAUACAAAUGGACCUCAGUACAUGUUCUGGUGCCGCUACUGAUUGGUGCUGGACUGCUUGCCGCGUUCGUCGUAUGGGAGGGCUGGUUUGCUUCCUACCCAAUCUAUUCUAAGCGUCUUCACCGGGAGCCGCGUAUUCUGCUCCUUACGCUUGUGAUCACCUUCAUAUCUGGUGCCAAUUUCUUCUCGCUCGUUAUGUUCUGGCCAGCACAAGCCUUCAACGUAUAUGGCCACGAUCCUGUGGGUGUUGGAAUACGAGGUCUUCCCGUCGCUUUCGGUAUUCUUACUGGUGCGCUUAUCGUUCUGUUGUUGCUGUCCAGGUUCAGGGGUCGAAACCGCGAAUUACUCAUCGUGUCCUCAAUUCUAAUGACUGCGGGUUGCGGUGGCCUGGCUGCAGCCGAAAGAGACAAUCUGAACAUCAUUUGGAUAGUUCUAGUGAUCGGAAGUCUGGGGAUUGGCGGGAUUGUCGUUCCGACAUCAAUCAUUACGACCAUCGUUUGUCCUGACGACCUGAUUGCGACCGUAACUGCACUGACACUUGCAAUCCGUGUUAUUGGCGGUUCGAUUGGAUAUUGCAUCUACUUCAAUGUCUUCGCGCAGAAGUUCGUCCCGUACGCAAUGGAGAACAUUGGCAGAACACUUGCUAUGCACAACAUCACCUCGCCGGCCAUCAUUGGAGAAGUCGUAGAGCUGACUGGUGCAUCAUUGUUGCAUGUCGUUGCCGAAAUCCCUGGAAUUAAGGGCAAUGAGACGAUCUAUAAUGCAGUUGUUCUCGCCGGACAGUUGGCGUACGCAGCGGCAUACAAGCAUGUAUACUACGUCAGCACUGCCUUUGGAGGCAUCAGUGUUAUUGCGGCAUGUUUUCUGGGCGAUAUCAACAAGUUUAUGACGGAUGAUGUGGCUGUGACGAUGUAG